GGAAAAUGUCUUGAAAUGCUGCGGGUGGAUGUGGAUAUGUGGGUCCAUGUGCGCUGAUUUUACGCGGAAAGAGAGGGGUGGAUUUGGGGCGCCGGAGAUCUCCGGUUUCCCCAAACAAUAGUCGAAAGGACGCGAUGGUCGCCUUUUUUUGAAACCGCAGGGAAGUUUAGGACCUCAUCUGCCUCUAUUGUUGUUCUCACCGAGGCCACGUAGCUGCGUGGAGCGAUUUUAAACGUGGGGGGAAGCGUGUUGUGUUUCUAAAUGUUUCUAGAGGAUAGAAAUGAUCCUGAGAGAGAGAGAGAGAUGCGCCUGGGAGGAAGAAUCGCGUCCAGUUUGAUUGUAGGCCGAAGGUUUUGAAUUCUCUCCUUGGUGAAGGACUGGUGGGAAUUUAAGUGUGUCCAUUCAUUUACUGUGAGAGGCGUCCCGUUUGGAAAAGGAAAGGAGGAAGAAAGGGAACGAGCAUUUGGAUAAUUUGGCAUCAGGACGCCACCAGUGGGGCCUGGGAGUCUCCCAUUGUCCUGCCCUGCUAUAACACCCUCCUUUUUCAUUUUGUAGGUCGCACAACUCUUUAUAUUCGCCCCAAAUGCUCCCGGUUCCUCACAAUCACAGCCACCUCAGCUCUCCCCUGCUGCGACUCUCCUACCCACCGUCCUCUCCCACCCCUCUUCCUCCUCUUCUCCUCCUCUCCGUUGCCUCCCUUCUCCUGCUCCCUCCUCAUCGACCUCCAAGAUAGAUUCCCUCAGGAGUAAGGUUGACCUGCUCAAGCUGCCCCUGGCUCUCUCCACCAAGUCCAUCUCCGAGCGCAAGAGCCAGCUGGGAGGAGUCGGAGAGCAGCGCGGCACGGGGGGAGGAGGCGGGGCCCGCAAAGCCCGCUCACCGCCGACCCGAGACAUGGACAACGAGUCGCAGUACUCGGGCUACUCAUACAAGUCCUCCCACUCCCGAAGCUCCCGCAAGCACAGGGAUCGGAGGGAUCGUCACCGCUCUAAGAGCCGAGACAGCAGCAGUCGUGGAGACAAAUCGGUCACCAUCCAGACUCCUGGAGAGCCGCUGCUGGAUGCAGAGUCGACCCGCGGAGAUGACAGGGAUGAUAACUGGGGCGAGACCACCACUGUCGUCACCGGCACCUCAGAACACAGUAUCUCUAACGAGGACCUGACCCGCGUCACCAAAGAAUUGGAGGAGUCGACUCCGCUGGAGUGCAAGCGCUUCGUUGGCCCGGCUCUGGGAGGCUGCCUGAGCUUCUUCGCCCUAGUCACACCUUUAGCCUUCCUCAUCCUCCCACAGGUCCUGUGGCGUGAUGCCCUCGAGCCCUGCGGCACGCCCUGCGAAGGCCUCUACGUCUCCCUGGCCUUCAAGCUCCUGGUCCUGCUCAUCUCCUCCUGGGCGCUGUUCCUCCGGCCUCCUCGCGCCACACUCCCGCGCUUCUUUGUCUUCCGCUGCCUGCUGAUGGUGCUGGUGUUCCUGUUCGUGGCGUCGUACUGGUUGUUCUACGGCGUGCGGGUGCUGGAGCCCAGGGAGAGGGACUACAGGGGGAUCGUGGAGUACGCUGCCUCGCUGGUGGACGCCCUGCUCUUCAUACAGUACCUGGCUCUGGUGCUGCUGGAGGUCCGACACCUGCAGCCGGCCUUUUGCCUCAAGGUGGUCCGGAGCACGGACGGAGCCAGCAAGUUCUACAAUGUGGGCCAUCUUAGUAUCCAGCGGGCAGCUGUCUGGGUGUUGGACCGUUAUUACAGCGACUUCUCCGUCUACAACCCUGCCCUGCUGAACCUGCCCAAGUCCAUCCUGUCCAAGAAGAUGACCGGCUUCAAGGUUUACUCCCUGGACGAAAGCACCACCAAUAACUCCACAGGCCAGUCCCGGGCCAUGAUAGCAGCCGCUGCCCGGAGGAGAGACAACUCCCAUAACGAGUUUUACUACGAGGAGGCCGAGAUGGACCGCAGGAUCCGCAAACGCAAGGCCAGGUUGGUUGUGGCGGUGGAAGAGGCCUUCACGCACAUCAAGCGUCUCCACGAAGACGAGGUCGCCUCGUCCCCCAAACACCCGAGGGAGGUGAUGGAUCCUCGGGAGGCGGCUCAAGCCAUCUUCGCCCCGAUGGCCCGAGCCAUGCAGAAAUACCUGAGAACCACCCGGCAGCAGGCCUUCCACAGCAUGGAGAGCAUCCUCACACACCUGCAGUUCUGCAUCACGCACAACAUGACGCCCAAGGCUUUCCUGGAGCGUUACCUCUCCCCCGGCCCCACCAUGCAGUACCAGCAGCAGAACGGCAGGGGGCGCCAGUGGACUCUAGUGAGCGAGGAGCCGGUGACCUCGGCCCUGCGUCAGGGUCUGGUCUUCUCCCUGCGACGCCUGGACUUCUCCCUUGUGGUCACGGUGACGCCACUCCCCUUCCUUCGUCUCGGAGAGGAGUUCAUCGACCCAAAGAGCCACAAGUUCGUCAUGAGGCUGCAGUCAGAGACCUCGGUGUGAAGUCACUGCCUUUUAAAGAGUCUCCUUUGCCCACCCUGUCCUCUCUUCGUGCUCGCUCCUGCUGGAUCACCCUUGUGGCGGGACAUGUGGGGGACAUGUGGAGGCCAUGUGGUCCACUCCUAUCCAAUCAUUUCCCCUGUCUGUGACAAAGAAACCUUUCAAGGAGAGGAGUGUCUGAAUCCUUCCUGUUUUAUGAUCAUCACAGAUGCUCUGAUAUCAAACUGUGAUCAGCUCAACGAUUGUCCAAACCUGGAAUUAAACAGUUGCCUUGACUUUUUCUUUCUCUGUGUUGUUAAGUCUUUGUCUUUACAACACACUGUUAAAAACAACCUUUUUUCUUAAGAGGACCUUUUGUCUUUAUUUCCUCUAUUGCCAUAACCACUGGACUACUUUACUGUGCUGACUCAACACAUGAACACCAAAGGAAGGGGAUUACAUCACAUUUGCCACUUCCUCUUUCUUGCAUCUUAAAAACAGACCAACUGGAGCUCAGCUCUGACUGCAACGCUGGUGUACCACUGCCUUUUGGUUCCCUGUCAGUGUGCUUUGUUUGAGAUGACGAGGACUGCUUUUGUAGAGUGUGACUUUUUUUUUUUUACUUACAGAAUGUAGCAUUAUGUGCAUUGAAUUAACAAGUGGCUUUUCUGCGGCCUGAAGGCCAAAAUGUCUUUUUAUCUGACUGUAAAGAAAAAUGGAAGUACAUUCCUAAGUUGUUGCUACUCCGGACUCUGUAUAUUCAUGAUUGUCUAAAUAUGCAGCUUUUGUUUUAUUCUACACUGGCAUUUUUACUAUUCAUUUUACAGUUUUACCAAGAAGACUAAACAAAGACCCCUUUUACACCUGGUAUUAACAUGGAAUCUGUAUCACCAUUUGUAUUCAGAAUGAGGAUGCUAAAGCAUAAGCCUGAUGUAAUUCAGAUUUUUUUCUUGUCAACAAAUCCCAGGAGCAGAAAACCAACAAUGUGUUCGCCUCUCUCUCUGUCUCUCUCUCGAUACAUUUAUUCCUACUGAAGUUGUAAAUACAUUCAAUUUAAAAAUAUAUAUACUUUCAUUAAAACAAAACUAAAUAAUUUCCUAAAACAGCUGGGUGCUCUAGUUUUUAGCAAACACUACUAUAACAAGAGUAAAUACUGCAUUUACUGAGCACUAUUUUAAGCCGCUGACUAAAUGUACUAGUGAGUAUUUACAGCAACAGGAGGCGUAUGGGUGUAUGUCUGCUCAUGGUAAUAGAGGAACAGGUCACCCAGUGCAACUGUGUGACUCACUGAUGUGUUUUUAAUAGUUUUAUGUCAGGCUUUGCAUACGCAGACAAUACUUCAUUGUUUGUUUUUGUCUUUUUCAUGGGAUUUAUUGAGAAUAAGAAAAAUAUAGAACAUUGCCAGACUUAUCCUUUAAUGCAAUGUGUAAAUGAAUGCAGAACGAACUGCAGUCAGAACUACUAGAUCUACUACUGGAUCGGCUUGAAUGUGUCUGGAGGUGGUCUGGAUUGCAUUGUGAUUGGAUGUCAGCCAGGUGUGCAUGCAAUCUGUACAGUUUCUUUCCACAUUUUAAAAGAAUAAAUUACCCAGCAGGUUGAAAGGUCACCUAACGCCAUCACUUCCUCCCAUCUCAAGCGGCCCGGCAAAACGGGUCAGACGAUGACUCACUUUACAAAGGAAAAAUAUAGAGAGCUUGGAAACGUCUUUCAACCACAUCUCGGGCCUUCUUCAGUGCAGCUGCUCAGUUGUCAUUGUGAUGGUUUAGUUGUUAUGUGUCCUAAGUAUGGAAUUUUGGUGGAGCAGGAGGAGGAGGCCAUCUUUGAACAGAGACAAAGGUUAUAAUCUCUACCUCAUAUGACCAUACUUAGGUCUCCUGAUAGCAUUUAUCUCCAUGACAACUGAGCAACUCUGUCUAUUGAGACAUUUUUGCUUUUGGUUUAUUGACAACAUUCUAAUAUAAUGUAUUUAUUAUAAUACAACAUAUCUGGUUUGUCAAUGAUAGAACGAUGAAGUCCUCGUUGUUCCUGUGUUUACACAGUUCACCGACCUUUAUCAAGAUGGAGAUGGAGGCAUUCAGUUUCUGUUAUCAAGAUAUUUUAGAAAAAUAAGAACUUGGAACAAAACAACUGAAUCGCAUUCGAUAGUCUUUUCAGAAAGUAGAUAAGGUAAAAAGUAUCAGACACCAGACACUCGAAAACAAAAUCAUAUCGUAAAAGAUGAGACUUGUGAAACAAGAUGCACAUAUCAAAGAAAUAGAAGGUUGAUUAUAAAACAUAUUGAGAUCUGCACAAUCUAAAAAGGAAUAGAAUCAGGCAGCCAUUGUUUAGCCUUUGUCAUGCCAUGAGAUGUUAUUGAAAGCUUUGGAAACGACACGUAUGUUGGACUUUGGGGUGAGAAUAUUUUUUAUUAGUUUAUUUAUAUUUUUUCCUUGACCCUGAACACACCAUGGUUGUCAGGCGUAGUCCCUGAGCUUCGCCUACCCACUUUGCAUAUUUAUAUCCAAUCACAAUGCAGAAUUGCGACAAAGAGAACAAUACCAGGUGUAAAGGCAAAGGCAAAAGCCGUCGUCAUCAUCCAGAUACAGAUCACAUGUUAAUACCAGGUGUAAAUGGGGUCAUGGUCUGUUCCAGGCUUUUUUAACAAUGUACACAUAAGAAAUUCAGUCGUGAACAGGCAGCUGUAGUUAAACUAUGAGCUGACUUCUACGGUUGUUAGUGUUUUUAUGCAUUUCAACAAAAAAUCCAAACCAGACGUGUGAUUGUAACUCCUCUCUGCAGCUCCUCUCUGUAGCGUUUCACCGCCUCGCCUUGUGCCACAAGCUGAAACAAGCACAGCGAACAUGCUGCCUCCAUCCUUACUCGGCCUUACUCUCCAGAUGUGGAGGACCAGUGAUGGGGCACCCCUGUCCUCACACUGACUCCUUUUUCUCCAGGUCCCCAGACUUACUGUAACGCUGAAACUCGCCUGAUGUUGAGACUUGAGCCCCUCUGUUGUAUUUACCUACAGUAUGCUGAGCCACAACACGACUGACUGUUUGCUUUCCUUGCCAGUGAAAACAUGGCUUAAAAAGCCCUUUACAUUUCUAGAAAAUAUCCAAAUACCAGGUACAAUGUGUAUGACAUUUCAUCCGAGGGAUCAAAACGCAGAAGAAGAAAAAAAAGAAGCAUGCUAGAAUAAUUUCGGGCUCCAAAACUUUUUAUAUAAUAACUUGUUUUCUAUCAUUUUGAAGGUGCCUAAGUUAUGAUGAUGAUGCAAUUUUCCGAAUGUUUUUACUUUUGAAAAACAAGUGGCUUGUAAAAAAAAUUGUAGAUUUGUCUUGUAUUUUCUUCCUUUUGGUAACUGUAGCUUGUAUAGUGUGUUAGGCAUUUUUCCAUUAUUAAACCAUUUAUUCCAUA